UAAAUGUUGACGGUGUAUCAACAACAAAGAUGGCUACCAACAGACGCUAACUUCAAUUUGACAAUUGAAGGGUAAAUCAUGUAACGGUACGAUCCCAAAUCUGUUUGAAACGGUAUUGACAGCAUAUUGACAAAAGCAGAUUUUCUUCGAAUAUAAAUAAACAACUCUGCAGGUAUCUGAAGACACUAGGCUAACCUGUGAUCACCUACCCCAGGAGGUUAGACUGAAGGAGCGUGUCUGACCUCUGACCCCUGACCUCCAGUCCCACCAUGGUGCUGAAGAUAUUCUUCCCUCAGUGCUGUAACAAGGCAGACAGUGGGCUGCUUGUGGGGCGAUGGAUCCCAGGACAGAACUCGGCCGUGGUGCUAGCUGUUAUCCACUACCCCUUCAUCCCUGGACAGGUCAAGCAGUACAUCCACCAGAUGUGUGGCCAGAGUGGGGUGGAUCUGACGGUGCUGGGCUCGUGGAGCAUGCCCAAGGAGGGCCAGGAGGGCAUGGAGAGUUUCCUCAGGGACCUCAGCACCAUCUUCCCCCAGGGACAGUGGCUCCAGCUCAGUAGAGAGAUGGGCAAGAUCGGCUUCAGGUGUCACGUCCUCACAAGGGACCCGAAUGGGAAGCUGGUACAACAGGAAAAGGAGCUGAAAGAGGAUGGUGGUGGAGAGAAAGGAGAGGGAGAGGAAGGAGGAACUGGAGGAGGAACAAAGAGAGGAGGAGGAGAGAAGAAAGUAGAGGGAGAGGAAGGAGGAAAGGGAGGAGGAACAAAGAGAGGAGGAGGAGAGAAGAAAGUAGAGGGAGAGGAAGGAGGAACUGGAGGAGGAACAAAGAGAGGAGGAGGAGAGAAGAAAGUAGAGGGAGAGGAAGGAGGAACUGGAGGAGGAACAAAGAGAGGAGGAGGAGAGAAGAAAGUAGAGGGAGAGGAAGGAGGAAAGGGAGGAGGAACAAAGAGAGGAGGAGGAGAGAAGAAAGUAGAGGGAGAGGAAGGAGGAGGAGAGAAGGUGAUCUUUAUCCACUAUGAACAGAGGAAGGUCAUGCUGUCUCAGCUGCACCCCAUAGAGAACGGGGUUCCAGACCCUCAAACUGAGUCACAACUACCACAGGUGUUUGGGACAGUGUGUCAGAGUGAGCCGCUGUUCUUCCUGGAUAAGUAUGAUGACGGUCCAGUGAAGAUGACCCACUGGCAAUCAGAGGGACGGGAGGGCUCCAUUAUAGUAGAACUGAUGAAACAGGCCUCGACACCAGUCUGUCUGCUAACCACCUGGAUGCUAACACUGUGGACCAGCCUCUGUAGUAGCAGGAUAUUGAAUGUGCGCCCGAUGAGGUUAAUCUCCAGUAAGUUGUCUACGUGUGUUCAGCUGAGCUACAGAGCAGAACACCUUCAGACAGUCUGCUCUCCUACCAGAGCCACCGCACACAACCACUUCAUGAGGAAAGCCAAUAUCUUUGUGUCGUUCUUCGUUGAUGUGUCUCUGGGCCUGCUGCUGGUGUCGUGGAUGUAUAGAGAGAACCGUAUAGGCAAACUGGCCAACACACUGGUACCUGCUGCUGAUCAUGUAGCUAAAGAGCUGGAGGAGCUGUUGCAGUGGCUGAUGGGAGCUCCAGCUGGUCUGAAGAUGAACCGGGCUCUAGACCAGGUGUUAGGACGAUUCUUCCUCUACCAUAUACACCUGUGGAUCAGCUACAUUCACCUGAUGUCUCCGUUCAUUGAGAUGAUUCUGUGGUACGUGGGUCUGUCUGCCUGCCUGGGCUUGACCUUUGCCCUCUCCCUGCUCUCUGACAUCACCGCCCUGCUCACCUUCCACAUCUACUGUUUCUACGUCUAUGGAGCCAGGCUGUACUGUAUGACAGUAUAUGGUCUGUCCUCUCUGUGGAGGCUGUUCAGGGGGAAGAAAUGGAAUGUCCUCAGACAGAGAGUAGACUCCUGCUCUUAUGACCUGGACCAGUUGUUCAUCGGGACGUUACUCUUCACCAUCCUGCUGUUCCUCCUGCCCACCACAGCUCUAUACUACCUAGUGUUUACCCUGCUCCGCCUUGUGGUAGUAAUGUUCCAGGGAGUUCUCCACCUCAGUGUUGACUUCAUCAACUCCUUCCCUCUGUUCGCCAUGGGCCUCCGACUCUUCAGAUCCUACAGACUGGCAGAGGGGGUGAAGUUCAGAGUGCUCUGUGAGGAACCAGGAACACCUCUACACCUCAUGAUGGAUAUUAACCCUCUGAAGGUGAGCAGUGUGGUUCAGACCUACAGGACCCCCACCUACAGCUGCUACCCUAAAGACUCCUGGCUGGCCCUCUGCAAGAAGCUGUUUCUGGGAGAACUCAUCUAUCCCUGGAGACACAAGACUACCAAGAUAGACUAGGACCAGGGGGGAGAGAGAUGGGGAGAGAGAGAGAUGGGGGAGGCUGUUUCUGGGAGAACUCACCUACCCCUGGAGACACAAGACCACCAAGAUAGACUAGGACCAGGGGGGAGGGGGGGCUGUUCCUGGGAGAACUCACCUACCCCUGGAGACACAAGACCACCAAGAUAGACUAGGACCAGGGG